ACUGGCAACUUAUUUAUCUAUCAUAGACAAUCAACAAAAAUGAAAAUGUCCGUCGUAAAAGAUACGCUCUAAUUUAUUUUGUGACUGUUUAGUAAUCGUUGCUUGCGAUGUGAAUAUUUUGUAGUAUUUACAUUCUUAUAAGUGCAUACAAUCUAUCAAAAUGAUUGUUCAGGAACCUAUACAGGUUAUCGUUUGGGAUUGUCUGAAUAAUUAUGAAUACGACAAUGCUAUAUUUCUGGCUGAGAGACUACACGCCGAAGUUGCAUCGGAAGAAACUGCAUUCCUGUUGGGAACUUGUUACUAUAGAGCUGGAAAAAUAAACGAGGCCCAAUAUUUGUUGCAAAACAUACCAUUAAGUUUACCACAGGCCAGGUUCCUAUUAGCUAAAUGUUUCUUGGAAUUAAAAUCGUAUAAAGAUGCUGAACUUACACUUGGGAAUAAUCUUGAUAUUGUUGCAUCUGAGUUUGGGGAGCAAGCUCCAUAUGCAUUACAACUCUUGGGAAAAAUUUAUAAUCUCACUGAAAGAAGAAGUAAAGCCGUUGAAGCUCAUCGAAAAGCCCUGUCAUUGAACCCGUUCAUGUGGAAAUCCUUCGCUCAACUCUGUAACAUGGGUGAGAAAGUAGAUCCCCACCAAGUAUUCCAAAUGAAUAAUACUGACUUUACAUUUGGUGUCACUACAUUAGUGAAUCUAGUCAGCAAUUCAGAAAACAUUUCAUUUAUCAAUAGUAACAUUCCUAACAAUACUGCUAUAAACACUAACGUUACACCCAACAAUGUAGCUACGAGAACCCCUAUGACAAUGUCCACAAGCAUCACGCCUGAGACUCAAGCUCCUGUGAAGAGAAUGCACAGUGUGUUCAGUGGUAUGGCACCCAUUCCAUUUUCACCCUCUUUUGGUAUGCUGCCAAUGGAAGAAUCUCCUGUUUUGUAUACACCAACCUUAACAGACUCCAACGAGCAGAAAGCCAUACCUAAGAUAGUAAAUUCACUAAGAGCACAAAUGGGGCAGUUGAAAGAUGCUGUUUUUAGUCCUGCUCCUAGGUGUACCCUUGGGCCAGCGCCAAGGCGGUCAUCCAGAUUAUUUAGUAAUAAUAAUAGCAGUUACUCAGUCAAAGAAAAUAAUAAAUCACCAAGUAGAAAAUUUGUAGCUCCUAAGAGUCCAUCAAGAAAAAAUAAACAGCGCACAGCCAAAAAUAUCAAAACAAAUUCAGUGGAAACCAAUGAAAGAAAUAAAAGUGUAGAAACAGUAACUCCAACAAUCCCACCAAAGAAUUCCAAUGGUGUAGCUUUGUUAAAUUUGAUGCGAGAAUUAGGUGAAGCAUACAAAGCACUGGCAUUCUUAGACUGCAAAAAUGCUAUAAAAAUAUUCCAAGAGACAUCACCAAAGCAACUAGCUUCUCCGUGGGUUCAGACUAUGAUAGCAAAGGCUCAUUAUGAAUUAGCUCAGUAUGAGGCAGCAGCUAAAAUUUUUGCAGAAAUUAGGAAACAACAUCCAAAUCGUACGGAAGGAAUGGACAUCUAUAGUACAUGUUUGUGGCAUUUACAAAGAGAAGCACAGUUAUCAGCAUUAUCUCAAGAAUUAGUCGAACUGGACAGGAAAGACCCUAUUGCUUGGCUCGCUGCAGGUAACUGUUUUUCACUACAUAAAGAAAGAGAAACAGCAUUGAAAUUUUUCAAACGAGCUGUUCAGUUGAAUCCAGAAGCAGCAUACGCUCAUGCUUUACUAGGCCAUGAGUAUGCAGUAGCUGAGGAGACAGACAAGGCUCUGUCAAGCUUCAGAGCGGCAGUAGCAAUUGACCCGCGUAAUUACGUUGCGUGGUUUGGUAUAGCAACAGUGUACGCGCGCCAAGAACGUUGGAAACCUUCAGAAGUGCAUAUUCGUCGCGCUCUCACUAUACACCCCCAUUCAGGAGUAUUAAGAUGCCAAUUAGGAUUAGCACAAGCAGCUUUAGGCAAAAUGGAUCGCGCCCUUGCAACCUUAGAAAGGGCGGUUGCUAUAGACACUGAGAAUCCUUUGUGUCGCUUCCAUCGAGCUUCUGUUUUAUUACGUGCCGGUAGACCAGAAGAUGCUUUAGCAGAUCUUCACCACUUGAAGGAUAUUGCACCAAGAGAAUCAUUAGUGUAUUAUUUACUUGGAAAAGUUCACAUUAAAUUAGGUAAUUCUCAUUUAGCACUUAUGCACUUCAGCUGGGCUACAGAUUUAGAUCCCAAAGGCACAGGGGGGCACAUAAAAGAGGGCUUUGAUCCUUCUAAACAAGAAGACCCACCAGAGAGAUCAACUUAACUGAUGACGUAUUUUAAAGGAUUUCAAGGAUUGCAGAAAUGCCUACUCUGUAGUGGUUGGCAAUGCAGUUGAUACCUGACUGAUCCCAUGUAAAUAUCGCUCUCACCCGUCGAGCUCUUAACUGACACCAAAUUCUUCCAACAAAGCUUUAUGGAGUUAGAUGGGUGUGGUGGCAUUUAGUCGCUGUAGUAGUAAGGGCGAAUGUGGAUAUGUUUAUAUAGAGUAAGAUGUGGAUAUUCGUAAUGUUAUCCUAGUUUAUUAUAUAUAUCUUGUAUAGCUAAUAACUUCUAGAAAGAUGAAAGAAUAUAAUUUUUAAAAAGAUGAUGCUUUUGAAAGUUAUAAAGACUCAGAGCCUUGAUCUCAAUGGGAUGAUGUUAUAAAUAAUAAUCAUAUAAUAUAGAGCCAAUUACCAUUAAAUGAUUGAAGUUGCAAAUUCUUACAAUGCCAUAAUUAUAAUGAAUUCCUAAAAUCUAAAUUCUACUAAUUGUUGUCCUCAUAUAUUUGUACAUAGAAAUCAUGCCCUGCAGGAUGAGAUCUGGGGCACCGCUGGCGGGUUAAUAAAUAUACACAUCUACUAAUCAUGUUUACACAAUGUUAUACUGUGAAGGUCCCGACGGGUAGACUUUAUUUUUGUGACAGAAACAGCUUUGGGUGUUAGUUUUUAGCUGGGGUCAUUGAAAAUACAAUAUGUGAACCAAUAAAACAUUUUUGUACUACAACUCCUUUUGAGUAAACCUGGAUCUUAGUUCUUAGCAUCAAUAUAAAACCGUUUCGUGUGUGUAUGUAAAUAAUAACAAAUUAAUUAUUAUAGCACUGUUUGUCACUUGAAAUCACCAAUGGAACUGCUAGCUCUGUGGACAAAUUUGUUUAGACCACCUCUAAUUAUAUAUGAACUUAAUAAAUAAAAUAAAACUGAUGUAACUUA